ACUGCUUCGUUCAGAGUCAAAGGUAGAGAGGUGGUAGUGAUCCACGGGUGAGUCCAUGAAUGUUGAGUGACAGUGUGAUGCAGAUCUGGCAGUUUCACAUCUCUUUUCUAUCAGAAACUGAUGCAGGAGAUAGGUGUAGGAGACUAUUUUCAUGUUCAGCCUGCAUGAAAAACUCAGAGUGACCCAUUAUAAUCAGAAAUAAUCAUUAAAAAUUGGUUUUUAGUGUUCCACAUUUUUAAAUCAUGAAAAAUUAAAACAUUUCAAACACAAAAUAUUAGUUUAAAUUUUUAAAACAACAAAGACCCCAAAAUACAUGCCAAACAUAAAAUUUACAACAAAAUAAUUUUUAAAUCAAGUCCUGUCCCUAAUUUACAAAACAAAUGUAAGGUUAAUUAACAGAUUAAAAAAUCUUUCUGACUUAUUCCAUGAAUUAUAACUUGUCACCAUACUAAUUUCCUGCAUGAAAGAACCGUUUAUAAGAGGGGAACAGACUAAACGCAGUUAGGUUUCCAGUGUGGCAGCUUUCUGUAAAAGAUGCGUCUGUUUGCUUUCCUCCCAACAAGGAAGUGUCGCCAUCUGCUGGGUAAAAAGUGGAAACGUGGAUGAGUGCAGGUGUGCAGAAAAAGCAGAGCUGGCAUAAACAACUAUUUUAACUCUUUAAUUAUAGAGCUGUCACUCUUGGUUGGGGAAAUAAUCCGCGAUGUGAUGAAAAGCCUUUAGAGGUUUUUUUUCCUUUUGAAAUAUUACACAAUGCAGCUUCCUGCACUCCGAACUAAAACCUGAAGCGGUGGUUUAAUAAGAAACGGUGGAUGAGUCAAGAAGAGAACCCAAAAAUAAAAGUCUUGAUUUUUAACCAAGAUCAUGAAAUAAACAGAGAGGUGGAAGUGGUCCUUCCGCUGCUGAAACCCGCACCUCUGCUUUGGGGGCGAGUUUCUUUUUCUUUUCUUUUUUUUCCGCGCAAAGGAUGUGCGCAGGAGUGGCGCUCAGAUGGGCUUUAAAUAGGUACUGUCACCAAACUGUGGCACAACAGAGCAUCCGAGCGCUUCCAGCAGUCCAAACCAGCGGUUUGAUCCAGGAUGGACGUCAACAAGCGACUGGGGAUGAGAGACACGAUGCUGACGCUCUUACUCGCUGUCCUGCAGGGACUUCCUGUCGGGGAAGCGGCACCGAAUCCGUCUCCGUUAGUUGGAUCCAACUGGGGGAACCCGAGGAGAUACGUUCACCUGCAGACCUCCACAGAACUCAACAACUUCUACCUGGAGAUCAGAUUAGACGGGUCUGUGGGCAAAACUACAGCCAGAUCUGCAUUCAGUGUAAUUCUAAUGAAAGCUGAAACAAGGGAGCACGUGGCCAUCUUCGGUGUCAAAAGCAACCGUUACCUGUGUAUGGAUCAGGAGGGGAUUCUGUUCAGCUCGCCCAUCUGCCAGAGGGACUCCUGUCUGUUCUACCACAGGCUUCUGGAGAACAACCGGGACGUCUACUAUUCUACUCUAACCGGGAUCCUGUUAAACCUGGAGGGCUCCCGGCAGCUUUACUCUGCGGGUCAGAACCUGCCGCAGACCUCCCUCUUUCUGCCCAAGAAGAACACGGUGCCGCUGCAGCGCCUUUUGCUGCACAGAGACAAGAGGACUCGGGUUGCGGACCCAACAGACCCACACAACGUCUUGAUUUGGCAGCCUGAGGACGAGUUGGACUCCAGGGCGGCACAGGAGGACGACAUCGACCUGGAUGUGGAGGUAGAGUUGGAGACGGAAACAGAAGUCGGGGAUGAUGGAAGAAACGUUUCCCGGGAGACGCCGCUGGCUCCACACGACCCCUGGAACGUGAACUUAUCCAGGCAAGGCGGCGCUCGGAGCACCGGGACCACGGUCUGAUCUCGGCACCAUGGAUGAUUUUAGAGUUAAUGUGCUCUGCCUGAGUCCAAUUUAACAGUUUAGUCCAAACAUCCAUCUGAAAAGCUGAAUAUAUAUAUAUAUAUAUUUUUUGUGGGUAAAAUCGGUGUAGUUUGUAUUGACUUGUAACCUUUUUUGCACAUUUUCUUCUGUCUUAAAUCUAAAAAGCAACUAAAUACGUUCUCUUCCAUCAUCAGACCUUAAAGAGAGUAAUCAAUUUUAGAAAAGCUUCUGCAUCUUUGGCAUCUGAGCAUUCAUCCAAAAUGCUGGAAUAUCAAACAGGAUGGAAAUUAUUCCUCUCUUUCUCGGUUGGUCUGACAAACCCACAAUGAUGUUUCCAAGACAGAAGCCUGAUUUUUCCUACCUCUGGAGAACUGAGCGGCCUGCUGUCAAACCAGACAGGCAUCACUAAAAAUAAAUAUAUAAUUAAAGUAGAGUAGAAAUGACUAGAGUUAUAGUUUAAAUGUCUUUGUUAUACAAUCUUAAGUAUAUUUUAAGAGUUGAACAUACUCUCAAAUCAUCAUUAUGACUUAUUUGCAGUUUGAUCUGAUAAAUGACUUGAAAGAAAAUGACUACAGGGUAAAUAAAUUCUACAGAAUAUCAAAUGUAAACUCUUGUUGUGUGAUCAGGUACCGGAAAACAGAGAGAAAGCAGUCUAAAAGAAUAUUUAUUUAUUUAAAUACAUUCCUUUAUUGUUAUUUAUGGUAUUUAUAAUAAUGCUUACAGUUACACAGAAACACGAGUUUACUUUGAAUGUAUGAGCUGGAGCGAGUUUUGCUUGAAUGUGCUUUAAAUAAAGAAAUCCGAUUAUCAUAGGAGCCAUUUUUUGGAGUCUGUGUGAUGUUGUAUGUUAAUAAAAAAGCUCCUUCAUCAAUGCGAG